CUGCUGUUAGUAACUAACACACACAGUCACACACCGAGACUCAAUUACUGCCCAAUUCCUUCUUUAUCACGUCCCCGACCUCUCUUUCAUAACCUAAACCGACCAAGGGAAAAAGAGGCGACCAGGAGACCGAGCCGAAGUCUUAGUAGAACUAAAAACCCACGUUGGAAAUAAGUAAAGUGUCGAAACUAAAAAAAGGUGUUACAGCAGUUAUGUCAAAGAGCUGAAGACAUCUCUAACAAUAUGGAGUCUGGAGAGCGGCUGGCCUCCCCUGCGCCCACCCUGUCUGCUGCUCGCACCUCCUCCCCUGCGGCCUCUUCCUCCUCCUCCUCUUCCUCCUCUUCAUCAUCCCCUGCUCCCCACUCUAAGAGCAGCCUGGCCCCGAGCCCCUCAGCACUGGGAUCCACCCUCAGCACCUCUGGCCGUCUGUUCGGAGCAGCAGGAGAGCAGCCCUUCAUCAGCUCCACCUUGUCAAGUGCCUUCCCUCUGGUCAGCCACCCAGCCUUCGGAGCGCUCUACUCUGCUGGAGCCGGCCGGCCGGAGUUCGGAGGCCUGGGCUCUGGCAUGUCAGCCGCUCUGGCUGCUCACCCCCAGCUGGGGGCGCUCUCUGAGUGGUGGCGAGCUGCUGAAGCCCAUGGACGGGGAGCUGCUGCCUUUCUUCCCUCUUUCAUCGGCUUCCCUCCAUUCUUCACUCCCCACAUUCAGCCCAACCACAGCGCCAGCCCUGUUCAGAUCAGGAUGCCCGGCAAGAACAGCCAUGCUCCAGCUAAAGGGGUGAACGGGGCGGUGAAUGGCAGCGGAGUCUGUCCUCCCACAACUCAAUCAGGGAGCUUUCCUCCCAGUCCAGCUCCUGUUCAGGCAUCAGCCAAGCCAACCAAAAACUCUCCUAAAGACCCUCCUAACAGCCACCGUAGCAGCCCUCAGAGCAGCCCAGCAGAGCUGGUGGAGAAGCCGAUCCACAAACCUAAAGAGAAGAAGCCCCGAAAGAAGCCAGCAGACGCUUGUGUGGCGAGUAACAGUGAGUCAGGCACCUCCUCAGACAGCUCCAGCGACGGGUCCCUCAGCAGUGAUCUGGAAGACUUGGCAGAGGAUGAUGAAGACGACGAUGAUGACGAUGAGGAUGACGAAGAAGAGGACAAACAGAGUGAGUUGUCAGACUCUGAGAAGCGGACGAAGAAGAAAACAAAGGUUUUGAUAGCAAGCACUGGAACUGCAAAGACUGAAAGACUCAGUGAUCCUGGCGACAGGAAAGACCCCCAGCAGGCCUCCGACCCCCCCAGCCUGGUGCCCUUCCCCUGCUCCGCCUCCCCUCCGGCCGCGUCCCAAACCUCUCCGCUGGCCCUGCACAGCUCCAGGUCCCAGAAACACUUCAGUGUGAUCCAGUCCACCGGCCUGGCUGCCAGCUCCAAGCCCCUGGCCCUCCUGUCUCAGCCCCACAGGGAGUCUUCAGGGUCCCCCAUCGCCCUCACCACGUCUCCCAAGGCUCUCUCCAGCACCUCCUCCCCUCAGCACCUCCCCCUCUCCCUCUGCUCCUCCCCGAAGCCUCUCUCCGUCCCCUCUCCUCCCCGCUCCUCUCUCCCGCUGUCUACCUCCCCUAAACCUUUUGGUGUGACCUCCUCUGUAACGAGCUCCCCCUCCCUGAAGCCUCCUCGCUGCUCUGCUCCUGGCUCCAAGUCCACCAAGAGGAAACAGCUGGAAGCUUCACUAGCGCAGAUCAAUGAGUUCAGGCUGAAACAGACUCUCAUGUCCCAAGGGCAGACGUUCCCAGCUGAGCGAAAGAAGCAGCAAAACAAGUCUCCAAAGAGGAGGUCUCUGUCUUCAUCGCCACUGCCACCCGCUCCACCUCCUCCACCCCAGAACAAUCACUCCAACCUCUUCCUGUCCAGCGCCCUGCUGGGGCUCCCUGAACCCCACCACCCCAAUGGAGUCAUCCAAAGCAUCACUCAGGACGCACCUCUGGCCCUCAUCACCAAACCUCGCAAAGACUCCGCCUCUCAAGGCAAGUCCCCUCAGUGCGACUCCGAGGCGGGCUCCAUGCCUGUCAAUCUGAGCACAGGGCCCAGCCGGACCCCCGCAGCUGCCCAGGCUGGGCCUCCGUCACAGCCCUCCACUACCUCACCCCAUGCCACGGGCCAUGGAUCAAGAAAGAGCAAGACCGCCAAGGGUAAGGGACAGACACCGGGACAGGGACAGGGACAGGGACCAGCGGACCCUUUAGCUGCCUGGAAGGGCUUCUCUCAGAACCACCUGGUUCAGUCUCUGGUGGAUUUGUUUCGUGGAGGAGAACCCGGGAUCGGGAUUCCCGGGGUUAGUAUCCCCGGAGUAGGAAUUCCUGGCGUGGGGAUCCCUGGGACAUGUAACCCAACAGCUGGUCUCCCGGCCAACAAGGAAUCUGACGACUCAGGAGACGAUGAUGAUGAUGAGGAUGAUGACCUUGAGGAGGAGGAGGAGGAUGAAGAGGACUCAGAUGAUAGUCUGUCAGAGUCUGACAGCAACUCUGACAGCGACAUCUCUGGGAAGAAAGUGAAGGAGUUAAAGCUGCUGCCUUCUGGCUCGUGUAAGAAGGAGAUGACUCCCCGCAGGCUAACCAAAGGCCCAGAACUACUGAACACCUCAACCAAUCACACCGCCACCAGCUGCUCCCCGCUCAACCUGCAGGUCAUCAAGUCUCCCACCAUCGUCACCAGCUCCAGUGCCUUGGCCUACCACAGCUCUCCAGGCUCCUCCUCCUACAGCCUAGCCUCUCCAUUAGGCUUAGGGAAGAGGAAGAGGGUGAUGGAUGAGAAGGAGUUGAUGAUACCUGUGGAGCUGGGGUGGCGGAGAGAAACAAGAAUCAAAUCAGUGGCCGGGCGGCCGCAGGGCGAAGUGGCCUACUACGCCCCGUGUGGCAAGAAGCUGAGGCAGUACCCAGACGUGAUGAAGUAUCUAUCCAGAAAUGGAAUAAGUGGCAUCACGCGCGAUAAUUUUAGCUUCAGUGCAAAGAUAAGGGUUGGUGACUUCUAUGAAGCCAGAGAAGGACCCCAGGGGUUACAGUGGAGUCUGUUGAAGGAGGAGGAGGUGAUUCCUCAUAUUCUGGCCAUGGAGGGUCGAAGGGGUCGCCCCCCGACUUCAGACCGCCAGUCGGGGGGCGAAGGUGGCAAAGGGUCCCGGCGGAGGAAGGGGCGGCCCCCCAACGUGGGCGAGCCCCUGGUGCCUGAGGGCCCCAGUCCCAGCGAGGUCAAACUGCUGCGCAAACUAGAGGCUCAAGAAAUCGCCCGACAGGCCGCCCAGAUGAAACUGAUGAGAAAACUGGAGAAGCAGGCACUGGCGCGUGCAGCCAAAGAAGCUCGGAAACAGCAAGCUAUCAUGGCAGCGGAGGAGAGAAGGAAGCAGAAAGAGCAGAUCAAGAUCCUCAAGCAGCAGGAAAAGAUCAAGCGCAUUCAGCAGAUUCGGAUGGAGAAGGAAGUCAGGGCGCAGCAGAUUCUGGAGGCCAAACGGAGAAAGAAGGAAGAAGCCGCCAAUGCCAAAAUAUUGGAGGCUGAAAAACGGAUAAAGGAGAAAGAGUUGAGGAGACAGCAGGCGGAGAUUCUCAAACACCAGGAGUUGGAGAGGCAUAGACUAGAUAUGGAGAGGGAGAGGAGGAGGCAACAUGUAAUGCUGAUGAAGGCUGUUGAGGCUCGCAAGAAAGCAGAGGAGCGCGAACGCUUGCGGCAGGAGAAAAGGGAUGAGAAGCGCCUGAACAAAGAGCGUAAACUGGAGCAACGGAGGCUGGAGCUGGAGAUAGCGAGGGAGCUGAAGAAGCCAAAUGAAGACAUGUGUCUGUCUGAUCACAAGCCUCUCCCUGAGUUCUCCAGGAUUCCUGGACUCAUCCUACCGGGACGCGCCGUCUCCGACUGCUUGAUGCUGAUGCAGUUCCUGCGAGGCUUCGGGAAGGUUUUGGGGCUCGAUCUGAAUGCGGAUGUGCCCACGCUGGGCAUGCUGCAGGAGGGCCUGCUCAAUGUGGGGGACAGCAUGGGCCAGGUCCAGGACCUGCUGGUCAAACUGCUCUCUCUAGCAGUCUGUGAUCCUGGUCUGCCACCUGGACAAAAGACUAAGACCAUGCUGGGGGACCACCUGACCAACGUGGGCAUCAACAGGGAUAAUGUGUCUGAGGUGCUACAGAUGUACAUGGGAGCCCAUUGUGCCAAUACGGAGCUGGCCCCUCUGGCCCUCAGCCUGAAGACCAAGGCCUUCCAGGCCCACACGCCCGCCCAGAAGGCCUCCAUCCUGGGCUUCCUGGCCAACGAGCUGGCCUGCAGCAAGGCUGUCAUCAGUGAGAUUGACAAGAACCUUGAUCAGAUGGCAAACAUGAGGAAGGACAAGAUCAUCAUGGAGGGGAAGCUGAAGAAGUUGAAGACCAUUUAUGCCAAGCGUACUGGGAGGAGGGAGGCCAGUAUGGGCGUGGAGGAGAACCAGUCUAUCGGCACUCCGUCCUCCGCCACCAAACGCAAGAGGAAACUGGCAGCAGACAGCGAUGAUGAUGAUGAGGACGAAGAUGACAGCGAUGACCAGGCAGAGGACGAUGAUGAGGAGGAGGAGGAAGAAAUGAAGAAGGUUAAAAAAGUGGAGACAUAUGAUGAGGACGAUGUCGACCACGCCACCAGCCUGGAGGAGCUGGAGAAGCAGAUAGAGAAACUGGCCAAGCAACAUCAUCAGACCAGACGGAAGCUGUUUGAAAUAUCUCAUUCUCUGCGCUCCAUGAUGUACGGCCAGGACCGCUACCGCCGCCGGUACUGGGUCCUUCCUCACUGUGGAGGCGUCUUCAUCGAGGCCAUGGAGAGCGGAGAAGCUCCAGAGGAGCUGGAGGAGGAGCGACAGAGGAGGAGGAGAGCAGCAGAGGAGGUCAAGGUCAAGGAGGAGCCCCAAGAGAUCGAGCUGCAGAAGGAGAAACCCUCCAGCCUGGAUGGGCAGAGCAUCAGAACACAAGGCCUGGAGGAGGAGAAAGAGGAGGAAAAGGAGCAGGAGGAGAAGAAGAGCUUCUACCAGCCGCCAGGCUGUGGAUCCAAACUCUGCACAUUCCGCGACGUCAACAAGGACGUUGGCUGUGAAGCUGUGAUGGCGGAGGAGAAGGAGAGUCCCCAUGUGAGACAGAACGGCAGCCCAGUGGGUUCUCCUGCUGCCAGGAGCACCGUCACCUCCUCCUCCCCCUCUCACAGCAGCUCUGAGCCAGCAGGAGCAGCAACUAAUGACACUACGAGCAUCCCUCCGCCAGCCUCCACCUCCUUAUCUGCCCCGGGCCUGCCCGCCCCACGUGAAAGCCCCGGGAACACUCCUCCCACCUCCUCCCCUGCUCCUUCUCCGUUCCUCUCAUUCCAGGCCAACGACCAGCUCCUCCGAGUGCUGACGGAGAGGAGCGGACACUGGUUCAGUCUGCUCCCCCGUAACCCCUGUGACUUCACCUCCGUCACCACCACUCCUCCUGGAGCUCCUCGUGCGUCUCCCCAGGCCUUCUCUACCCCAGCGAGGCCCAGAUCUCCUCCUCCGUCCCCCGCCCUGCCCCUCACUCCUUCUGCUGCCUCGGCCUCGGCCAGCCCCCACCACCCAGCGGGCCUCCUCAGCUACCCGCUGUCAGCGCUGCAGGCGAAGUCAGGUGCUUCAUUGCUAGGAGUUUCUUUCGGAAGCUGGCCCUGUGGUGUGAUCAGUCCCAGCCUGCCUCUGUGUAACAGCCCCAGCCCCAUGCAGGGCCUCUCUCUGGAGGGCAACACCACAGCUAGUGUCUCCAGCAAGAGUGACUCACCGUUACCUCGCAUGGAGAAAAGCUCCUCCAUGCCCUCUCCUGCCCUGGAGAUGCCCAAGUCUCUGGACCACGCCGUGGCUCGGCCAAUUCCAGAGGAGAUGCUGACAGGCUGGUGGCGGGUGUCUGACAUCGAGGAGCUGAGGGCUUUAGUCGGGGCUCUCCACAGCCGAGGCAUCAGAGAGAAAGGUCUCCAGAGGCAGAUGCAGAAAUACACGGAGAUCAUCCCCCAGGUCUGCACCAAACACAGAGACGUGGCCAUGAUCGAGCUGCAUGAGCUGGAGGAGAGCCAGGUGAGCGUGGAGUCGGUGCGGGGCUGGUGCGUGGAGGAGCAGGCCAUGGAGAUGGACAUCGCCGUGCUGCAGCAGGUGGAGGAGCUGGAGAGGAAGGUGACUGCAGCCAGCCUGCAGGUCAAGGGCUGGACGUACCCGGACCCUCAGUCUGAGCGGGAGGACCUGGUGUAUUACGAGCACAAGCCCCCCACCAAACCAACACCAGCGUCUGCCAGCGCGGGGGACAAGGACUCCAAGGACUCCAAGGACUCCAAGGACUCCAGGGACUCCAGGGACCACCCGGAGGAGCGGGGGGAGAAGGGCGGGGUGAUGCGUCACCUGGACAACCCUCUGGACAUAGCAGUGACACGUCUGGCUGAUCUGGAGCGCAACAUCGAGAGAAGGUACCUGAGGAGCCCCUUAGGUACCACCAUUCAGAUCAGGCUGGAUAAUGUGGGUACGGUCACUGUCCCUGCCCCCGCCCCAUCCACUAGUGCUGAAAGGGAAGGCGGUGAGGAGGAGGUGGCCCACGGGAUGAAGGUGUGGAGGAAGGCCCUGACUGAGGUGCGGAGUGCUGCCCAGCUGGCCAUGUGCAUCCAGCAGCUGCAGAAGUCCAUCGCCUGGGAGAGGUCCAUCAUGAAAGUGUACUGUCAGAUGUGCAGGAAGGGGGACAACGAGGACCUCCUCCUGCUGUGUGACGGCUGUGAUAAAGGCUGCCACACCUACUGCCACAAGCCCAAGAUCACCUGCAUCCCAGAGGGAGACUGGUACUGCCCCGCCUGCAUAUCCAAGGCAAGCGGUCCCUCGCCCAAAAACAAAAAACCUCCAACCAAACCAGUAGCAUCCAGCGGAGGAGGCGGGAAGAAAAGCGGCGAGGGGAAGAAGAACGGGAAGCAGCAGGCGGGGAACGGCGAGGUGUCGGAGGACGACCCGGCCAGCGCCGGCAGCACGCCCAAGAAAGGAGCGAAGGACUCCAGCAGGAAGAGGAAACCAGAGGAGAGCUCGCCUGCCGUGGCGGCGUCCAACCCGGACAGCCCCGUGUGUGUGAAGAGAGCCAAGACCGCCAGAGACAACAACCGGGACCUGGGCCUAUGCAGGGUUCUCCUGGCUGAGCUGGAGCGGCAUCAGGAUGCAUGGCCUUUUCUCACCCCUGUCAACCUGAAGUCGGUCCCGGGCUACAGGAAGGUCAUCAAGAAGCCCAUGGACUUCUCCACCAUACGUGAGAAGCUUGUGAGCAGCCAGUAUCAAAACCUGGAGACUUUCAUCAUUGAUGUCAACUUGGUCUUUGAUAACUGCGAAAAAUUCAAUGAAGACAAUUCAGACAUUGGUCGAGCCGGUCAUAACAUGAGGAAGUUCUUUGAGAAGCGCUGGACUGAGCUUCUGAAACAAACAAACUAAAGCGUCUGUUCAGAUCCUCAACCAUAAAACCAUUCAACGUUUCAUAUCGGAGCACCAGGUUUUACUUUUAUUUUUGUUUUCUGAUGGAGAAUGUGGAAGAAGAAGUGAAAUCCUUAAUAAGGAACCCAUGGUGUGCUAAAGAGAGUUGUCACCUUUUUAAAAAAAAAAGAAAAAAAAAGUCGUUACAGGAGGUGCGCUGGAUUUUAUUACAACAGGGAUAAAAGCCCCAAAGAGUCCCAGAGAAAUGGGGUCGUAGUGCAAUACCAUUCCCUGUCUCAGAACACUGCACUGAAUUAAUCCUCAACUGUCACUGAUGUGUCUCGCUAGAAUACUUUCCACUACUUGUAAAUAAUCUUUUGUUAUUUAAUCGUAUUAUAGUGAAUGUAUUUAAUUUUGUAAUAAUUAUUUAUGAAUCAAGGUCCACUUCAUUUUCUAUGAAAAGGAAGAAUCAGCUGAACUGCUUUGAAUUUAAAAAAGAAAAAAAAAGGAAUGUGUCUUUGUGUUAUAAUUUUUCUCCCAAAUAUCAACAAAGCCAAGAAAAAAAAACUGUUUACACUGUUCAGUGCUUUGGGGCAUCAGAGGACUGUAUUCAUUUGUUCAAACUGUAAAACUGCAUUUAUUUACAGGAACAGCAGAGGAACAGUACGACAAUGGCGAUUCAUGUGUAUAUACUGUUUAUUAAUGUCAAUAUUAUGUCUUGUUUGGAACGAUGUGUAAAAAUUGUUUAAGAAUAUUAAGAUAUUGUUUAUGCCUUAGAAUGAUUGUAGCAUUCUAUUUUAGUGAACGUGAUGAAAACAUUAUCAUAAAUAUUGUUUGUACAGUAUAUACAUAUCCUCUGCAAACACUGUGGUAUCCUUAAUCUUGGUAGUGCCUACCCUUCCAACAGGGGCAUGUAGGGGAUGUUAUUGUUUUUAGUUUUCAUUCUUAUGACAGACAUUAUUUUUUUUAUAUGAUUUCAAUCCAACAAGGCCUCCAAAGUUGGACAGUGAUACAGAAAUCAUUCCUCACCAUAGCAGAAAAAAAAGCAUUCAAAAACAAGCAUUCAGUUAUGCUUCCAUGAUGCAUUUCCUCGUAAUCUGCCACAAUACAGAGGACCUAAGGCCAUUUGUAACCACUGUGUUGAACCUUGCUGUGUGUUGUGGCCUGAUGGAGGCAGCUAGAUUUUUUUGUACCCAAGUCAAGAGUACUUGAAGUUACUUUAUUUAAGAUAUUGUGGAAUAAAAGUAUCAUUCUUUUGUAGGAGCUUUAUUUUUCACUAGUGUGUGGCACGGACCUAUUAAAAGGAUGUUUUUCAACGUAAA